AUGAACUCUCUAAAGAAAAAGAAGCAAGACAUUCUUUGGGGCAAAAAAUGGAGAAAUCUUAUACAGCAAAAGGCAAUUAAGGAAGAAAUGAACAAACAGUUGAAGGCUUCCCUGGAGAAGCAAAAGCAAGAGGAGGAAGAGAAAGAGUGUACCUUCAAGCCGCAAACCCUGUGGAACCAGAGCUUUAAAAAAACAAUUUCCUUCGUGGACGAAUUUUUCGUCAAAUUGAAGCCGUACAUAGAGCAGCAGCAAGCGUACCUGAACCAGUUGAAGGAGCUCGAUCGGGACGACGAAAUAUUCGCGCAAAAAAUUAAGGAAGAACUGCGAAGCAUGCUCGCGAAAGCAGUGGACAAAGAAAUAAUGGAAUCCAUCAUCGAAGGAUAUAAGGGAGUGCGCACAAGAGGAAUCAACAAAGUGAAAAGAGAGAGACUAGACAUCCUGUCUAAAAUGAUAAAACUAGAGAGAGCAUACAACUGUUUCAUGGCCAAAGAAAAUGUCGACAAGAAGGACUUAGGAGAGUGUGGAUUCGAUUGUGACUUAGCUGCAAAGUUAAGAAAUGAUAUUCUGAAGAAUUCCUUGUGUCCAAAUUCUUUGAGAGAUUUUGCUCGAAUACGAUUGGAGAUUAAUCAAGUGCUGGAGGAGGAGCUUCACAAAAGAGAAAAUGAAAAGGAAAUUUUGACAUACUCCACUAAAGGAGAUAAUAAUGAACUGUCACGGAGUGAAGAGGAUUGUACGGGUCGGUAUGCCGCCUUUGUUAACAACUCCAAGGGGACUUCCCAGGAAAGUAUCACCUGCGCGGAUGAUAAAAGAGUGGUGGAUGAUGGAAUUAUGCCUGUGGGCGAAUCGUACGAACAGAACUACGAAGGGAAUGCACACUCGGGGGGCAAUGCGACUACGUUGCACGACGGUCAUCUGGAGGAAUAUGUCGGGGGUAACUCCAGUGGAGACUUGGAUGGCAACUUGAGUGGCAACUUGGGUGGCAACUUGGGUGGCAACUUGGGUGACGCUUUCCGUGGCGAUUACGCUGGGUCUACCCCCCAGGUGUGGAGAUCAGCACUACAUGUCUCCUCUUUAGAUAGGUGCCAAGUGAUGACACCCACGAGGAGAGUACCCAAUGGAAGUUCUGCCUUUUAUCCGGAUGGACAAAUGGAUGCACCGCGGAUAGGAGGUCACGAACCACAUGGAGCAACGUCUGAAUACACCCCUCAGAUGGAAUAUGUUAACUACACCAUGAAUAGUAUAGACGCUCAGAAAAGGAGCAACAGAAAUGUCUACCUCAAUAGUAACUACACCGCAAUUUUAAAAAACGAAGAAGCAAACAAGUACGUCUCGUCGUUGCAAAAGGAUUUAGGUUCAGUCAAUGUCAUAAUAAUGAAUAAUAAUGCAGGUAACAGUGUCAUCAGUGGGGGUUCUACGAUGCAGAGUGGAAGAGGAAGCUUUGCCAACUUGCCCCCGAGCAGUGGCGCCUACUAUGGGAGGGAGAACCCAACCUAUAUGGAUCCAAACAAUAUGAAUAGGUUACGCAAUUUUGAUCAUGUGCACCCCAUAAGUGGUAGUAUAACACAGGGAGGGGAGCCCCGAAAUGCAUCCAAAGUGUUAACCCACAAAGGGGACUUCCACAGUCCAAGUACCAGGGAUGGCAGAACCGAUCAAUACCUGCACAGAAGCUCUGAAGGAAAGAACACCAGAUAUGUUGACAAAAACACAUACACCAUAAGGAAUGGUAACAACUUUUACAACGUAGAUGGGAUGAAAAAUAAAAAGGAUGAAUUUCUCCACCAAAUGAACCCUUUUUUCCGAAACAAUUUAGUCCAUAAUGCGAGGGAGGAUAUCGUUCCGGUUGGAGCAGCAGGGGAUAUUACUGCCCUCGGCACUUCUGCGCAUUCUUUGGGUAAGUCUCCCACUCAGGGGGUAGACCUCAAUAAGCCACUACUUCGAAAGAUAAUAGACAAGUUUGCCAUUUUGUAG